CUCAACGAUUCGACAGCCACCGCUUCAAAAAUCAGGCGAAUCAAACAAAAUAAACAAGGAAAGCUCACGAUCAUAUUAUUGUCGCGCGGGUAAAUUCGGCACGGCAACAGUCUUGUCUUCCUUCUAGCAACGCUCCUUGGAUGAGCUACUUUACAUAUGCGGCGUUCUAUCUCGAUACGAGUUAUGAGUACUAGGCGUGAUCCUGCUUUGAGGCAUGAAACAAUGCCUCGAGCAUACUAGACUCGCUCUUCAUCUGGUAUUCCUUCAUGGAUAUCGCGCAACUACUUAUUCAAGUAGGUUUAUAUAUUGUCGGGUGACCCAGUCUUUCGUAAACCUAUCAGUCUCUCCUGAGACAUAUAUAUUACCCCGAUUAGAACCGAUGUUGUCCAUUAGGAGGAUUGAAAUCGCAUUUCUAUAUUCAGAUCUAAUGGUAUAAGCCCAGGUCUAAAUAACCACUUGUCGAUUCGACGGCAUUGCUUAAGCAAAAAAUGGCAAUUUGGCAAGGAGCAUGCUAAACAAGGCUCUGAUACAUGCAUUAAAUGCCGAGCCGAUUUCAGUGGCAAGAUUGUUAUUCCCCGGAUGCAGCACUGCUUAUCAAAAAUAUAUAUACUUCUCGCCCCAGCCUCAGCUGAACCAUGGUUAGUUAAGAGGAGAGUAUCCCAGUAAUUACUCAGCGGACAGUCCGAC